GUUGCCAUGGCGGCGGCGGCGGGCGGCGGUUCGGCGCCGCGGUUCUGGGUGCUGCGCUGCUGCUCCUGCCGCCGCUUCCAAGUGCAGCAGGCCAAGCGGAGCGGGAAGUGGAGCUGCUGCGUCUGCGGCCAGCGGCAGGCAGUGCAGAAGAUUUAUGGCCAGGGGUCUGGCCAGGACUGCAGGCGCCAUGUCCAAAAAUUAAACUUGCUGCAGGGUGAGGCAGAGGAAGCAGUCGCCUGGACAUCUUGGGGUGUAGAAGACUCUGUAGGUGACAGCAAAAAUGUAGCAGCCCAAUGUGAAGACAGCUCGGUACAGCAGGAGGGUAGGGCAGAAGUCAGUCGCUGGAGUAAAUACCUGGACAAGGAGAACGAAGAUGAGGAGGAAGAGGCAACCACAGAAAAGCAGCAGUUCUGUUCCCAGAGGAAGAACACUGUGGAAGGACAAAGGAAACACCAGAAGGGCUUCCUCCUCAGUGAUGUUCAGGAGCAUACAGAAGAAAGUGGAGUUUUCCAGCUUGCCUGCCAAGCCAAAAAGCGCAGGAAAUGUUUGGUAGCAGUGCCUGAUCGGGAUGAUGGAGAUACAGCAGGAACCAUAGUGUCUCCAGAAACUGUCUGUGAGUCUGUAGUGCCUGAGGAGACUACACAAACCCCAACUGCUUCUACCAAGCCCUCCAAGUGGGACAAAUUCCUGUCCUGUUCUGACAGCUCUAGCAAACAUGCUGCCAGGGCUACCCUGUCACCACAGGAGGGCAGUGGAAGGUUGGGGGUACACAGCAUCACUGCACCAGAUGCUGGUAUGGCCAGUAGGUGCUCAGAACUAACUGGAAGAACUCUACCUCCGGGUACAGGUUUGCAGUUUAGGAAGUGUGUUGUUAGCACCCAGCAGAUUGACUCAAAACUGCCUGGCCCCAUGGAGCCCAGCACCGGUUGCUCAGUUAAGGAGGAUACAUUGUUCCAAGAACCUCAAAGCCACCUGCUAAGGGCAGGACCUGGUGUAGAGACCACUGCAGGAAGGUGCUCUUUGAACAGCACAAGGAGGGCAAACACAUUUGUGAACUCUAACAUCAGGUCAAAGCUUAGCAAUGUUUCUUGUAAACAGUUCUUCUGCACAGGUGAGGAGUUUGAUGAUGACCUAUGAGGAGUUCAGCCCAGCUUUAGCCUUUCCUGUUUUUUGAUAUGUUGAAUAUUGAGACAUGAUUUUGAAGUGAAGGUGGCUUUAAGCCCUACAGAACUGCACUAUUAAAGCUGUUUACUUGCUCUGUGGCUGUGGUUGGAGGAAGGGUAUGAGGAUGGAGGAGACUGCAGUGGGCAAGUACUAGGGUUACACAUUGUCUAGCAACAUCGUCAGAUAGAAGUAAGAAUGGAAGUAGGUCAGCUUGAAGGCAGAGAGCUCCCAAGCCCUAAGGAUGUCUGACUGGUACAAUGAAAUGCUGUGAUUAAGUCCCCAUUAAAGUACAGCUCUUUUCUCCUGUACUAUUGCUUUGUUUAAA